CGUUUUCGAUUUAAUUAGGUCAAAAUGGCAGCUUCCGUGGGGACUCGGCUGUGUGAAACUCCAGCAUGUAAUAAGGAAGCCAAGCUUCAAUGUCCAACGUGUAUCAAGUUAGGUGUAGAGGGGUCGUUCUUUUGCUCACAGGAAUGCUUCAAGGGUUCUUGGAAUGAACAUAAAAAAAUUCACAAAAAAGCAAAGGCUGACUCACAACCAAAUGAUGUCAGUAAUUCAUACCACCCUUGGCCAGGGUAUAGUUUUACAGGGAAACUGAGACCAUACCCACAGUCUGCUAUGCGGACUGUUGGAGAUCACAUAGCUCGGCCAGAUUAUGCAGAUCAUCCUGAUGGUGUCUCUCAUAGCGAGCGCAGCAUGCGUGGUUCCACCAACAUCAAGGUGCUAAAUGAUGAAGAAAUUGAAGGAAUGAGGGUGGCUGGAAAGUUAGCCCGAGAGGUUCUAGAUGCUGCAGCUGCUGCUAUUGCUGUAGGAGUCACCACUGAUGAAAUUGACAGAAUUGUGCAUGAGGCAUCUGUUGACAGAGAGUGCUAUCCAUCACCCCUGAACUACUAUAACUUCCCUAAAUCUUGUUGCACUUCCAUCAAUGAAGUGAUCUGUCAUGGUAUACCUGACAUGAGACCUUUAGAAAAUGGGGACAUUUGCAAUGUUGAUGUGACUGUUUAUCACCGUGGAUACCAUGGUGAUUUGAACGAGACGCUGUUUGUAGGUGAAGUAGAGGAGAGUAGUAAAAAGCUGGUGAAAGUCACCUGGGAAUGUCUGCAGAAAGCCAUGCAGCUGGUGAAACCAGGCAUCAGAUACAGAGAGGUUGGCGAUGUCAUUCAAAAGCAUGCUCAAGCUCAUGGUUACUCUGUUGUCAGGAGUUACUGUGGCCACGGGAUUCAUCAACUUUUUCACACUGCUCCCAGUGUCCCUCAUUAUGCAAAAAAUAAAGCAGUUGGUGUUGCUAAAAUUGGUCAUACAUUCACAAUAGAACCCAUGAUUUCAGAAGGGACAUGGAGAGACCAGACCUGGCCAGAUAACUGGACAUCGGUCACUCAGGACGGCAAAAGGUCAGCUCAGUUUGAAGAAACGCUACUUGUCACUGACACUGGUGUCGAAAUUCUCACAAGAAGGAGAGAUAGAGAUGGACAACCAUAUUUUAUGGACAGUUUAUCCCCAUAAGUCAUUGUACAUCAUUUAGGAUUGGACUCUGUAUUGCUAUAAUAGUGGUUUAGUGGCCCAUGUAUGAUAGAAAUACAGAUGUGUUCAUAAUUAACAAUUAGGCUGGUUGACAAAUCAGAGACUGAGAUGUUUUUUUACAGCUGAAAGUAUUCUUUUAACUGACAUAAUGAGGACUACAGGAAGUACCGGGUAGUACACAAUAAGUAUUAAUCCACGAAAUAUGUCAAAGAUUACCAUAUCCCAUGAAUUGGAGUUUACCUUGUUCUCACAAUGUUUUUUAAUGAUGGGUGUCAUAGAAUCGUGCCUAACCAUCUAUCCAUAUUGUUGAGUGGACUUAGACCUAGUGAAGCUCAAAUCCCUAUGGUCAAAUAUGAACUUCUUUAUGGACUUGUUUUGUCAGCUCAGCUGAUUGAAUUCUGUCAUCUAGCUGUCAAUUAAAACGUGCAAACUGGUCAUGUGACAGUAUUUACGUUUGAUAGAUUUGCUGUAUUAAGUAUUGUCAUAAGAAAUAAACCUGCAGUAGCAGACAGAUAUAUUUAA